CUGUUUGACUUUAUCAAUCCACACUCCUCUCCUCUGUCAUGCUCUCCUGCUCCCUCCCUAACCCAUCAAUCCCCCCAACUCACACUCACUGUCUCUCGCCCUCUCCCUCUUUCUCCGCCGCCAUGAGCCUCUCCUCCCCCACCUCCAUCUCCUCCGUGCCGCGUCCGUGGAGUGGGACGCGUUCCGGGAAGGUUGCUGGGGUCCACCCCCACAUCCAGCUUUCCCUUCCUGGCAACAGGCAGCAGAAGACGAUUCUUUGCUCCGCCGCGGCGAAGAGCGGCGCCGGCGUAGUACAGCAAGGCGUCGGCGAGUCCGAAUUGAAAAUGAGUCGGAUUGAAUCUCUGAGUCAAGUCUCUGGCGUGCUUGGGUGCCAGUGGGGGGACGAAGGCAAAGGAAAGCUAGUGGAUAUUCUUGCCCAGCACUUCGACAUCGUGGCGCGUUGUCAGGGUGGAGCAAAUGCUGGCCACACAAUUUACGAUUCAGCAGGCAAGAAGUUUGCGCUUCACCUUAUUCCCUCAGGUAUUCUUAAUAAAGAAGCAAUCUGUGUAAUUGGCAAUGGAGUCGUGGUUCAUCUGCCACAACUAUUUGAAGAAAUUGAUGAGCUUGAAGCCCGUGGUGUCUCUUGCAAGGGAAGGAUCUUGGUAUCUGACCGUGCUCACCUGUUAUUUGAUCAUCAUCAAGUAGCCGAUGGGCUUAGGGAAGCUGAGCUUGGUAAAUUAGACAUUGGCACUACCAGGAGGGGUAUUGGACCUUGCUAUUCAAGCAAGGUUACACGGAAUGGCAUAAGAGUAAGUGACUUGAGGCAUAUGGAUACUUUUCCUCAGAAGCUUGAUCUUUUAUUAACUGAUGCUGCAUCAAGAUUCAAAGAUUUUAACUAUGGCCCUGACAUGCUCAGGCAAGAGGUUGAACGAUACAAGAAGUUUGCUGAGAGGUUGGAACCCUUUAUAACCGACACUGUGCAUUUCAUGAAUGAUGCUAUAUCUCAGAGAAAAAGGAUUUUGGUAGAAGGUAGUCAGGCAACCUUGCUAGACAUUGACUUUGGAACUUAUCCUUACGUGACUUCCUCCAGUCCAUCUGCUGGAGGAAUCUGCACGGGUCUUGGCAUUGCUCCUAGAGUUAUUGGUGAUCUUGUGGGUGUGGUCAAAUCAUACUCCACCCGAGUUGGUUCAGGUCCAUUCCCAACGGAAUGCUUUGAUAAAGUUGGUGAUCUAUUGAGGUUUGAGGGGCAUGAGUUUGGCACAACAACUGGUCGCCCCCGUCGUUGUGGCUGGCUUGACAUAGUUGCACUAAAAUAUUCUUGUCAAAUAAAUGGAAUCACGUCUCUGAACCUCACCAAGCUCGAUGUAUUAUCAAGUCUACCAGAUAUUAGAGUGGGCGUUGCAUACAAGAAAGUUGGUGAAACUCCACACCAAACUUUCCUUGCAGACUCUCGUGUGCUGAACCAGAUCCUGGUUGAAUAUGAAGAUAUGCCUGGGUGGCGGACCAACAUUUCUUCCAUACGAGAAUACUCUAAGCUGCCACAAGCUGCACGUAAUUUCAUAGAAAGGAUAGAAGAACUCGCUGGUGUACCCAUCCACUACAUUGGCGUUGGACCGGGACGUGAUGCCAUUAUAUACAAAUAAAGAUUACGAGUUCUCUCAGUGUCUUACUGCGCAUAUUCUAUAUUUUUCGGGCCUUGAAUGAUGCUUCUGACACUCGGAAGAACUUCGGCCCCAUGUUUGAGGGUUUGAUUUUAUCUAAUAAAAACUGGAAAUUUCAAUCUAGUGACGUGAAAUUAGUGUAAAGAUGUAGCAUUUUUGGCCUCUGGCACCGACGUUGAUUAGGUUUUCUGACUUCUACUGAAGUCUACUGAGACCUCGCAGAUGAAACCUUCUUACCUCUUAACAGGGCUGGAAUCCGUUUUGGCA